AUGAAGAUCCUCACCAAAGAAGAAGAAAAAGAGCAUUACGAUUACAUUAUUCGCCAAGGACUACAAAAAGGUCUUGUUGGGUUAGGCGCUGGGAUCGGUCUAUCAUUUAUUGGACAAAAAUACUGGCCGCUUUAUCGCUCGUCCACUCUUCAACUGAAAGCUUUUCUCGUUAGCUCACUCGCAACCGCUGUAUUCAUAAUUGCUACUGAAAAAGCUUCACUCGACUUUGAACGAAAAAAAUACGGCGAAUACAAAGAAAACAAAACACGCAACGAGAACUAUGUUACCAUAUCGCGUAAAGACACGAUGAAAAUAUGGUUUAGUGAGCACAAGUGGCCUAUUGUUGUUGGAACUUGGGGAUUGGCAAUGGCUGGUUCAAUGGCUUCGCUGUAUCGAAAUCAAUAUUUAACCACCGCUCAAAAAAUGGUUCAGGCGCGUAUGUACGCACAAGGCGUCACAAUUAUCGUUGUGUUGGCCGCCGCAGCGUUUAGCGUGAAUACGAGCAAAGAUCCAGAUGGAUUCCAGGAAUGGAAAAAUAUGGUUAAUGAGGAGGAAAGACGGAUUAACAAAAUUUCUUCGUCGCCGUCAUAA